UUUUUUUUCGUUCUUUGUUUAUUGUUUGUUUGUCUGUCGAGUGUGUUACAGUAGGUGUGCGCGUCUGGGCGAAGAGUCUUGUUACAGUGUCGACUGUUAAGAGACGGUCUUGGAGCAGUGCUCUAGCAAUUAACUAGUUCAGUAAAUGAGGAGUUGUGUACAGAUAACAGACGGUGGCAGACGUGAAUAAGAGGCGCUAGUGCGCUGGAGGUGAAUGCGCCAUAGCAGAAAAGCAACUGAACUUCUCCAUCGCGCUUUCCUUGUCGAGCUAUACGCGAACUUUCACGUCUGAGUUCACACAAGGCCUUCACACGCAUUAGUUCCCCGAGUGAAGCGGAUCGCAACCUAGAACGCCAGCUGUUAGCCUACCUGGCACAAACCGACUCUCCUCUCCUUCAACAAUCCGCAAUGUCUGGGCAGUCCUUCAACCCGCCCGGCCAGAAUGGCGGCCCAGCGAGCGCGAGCGCUAACACCUCAGUCGCAGUCAACAUCCCGCAAGAAUACCGCAACAUCGUCAACGAGGCCAUGAUGCCGCCGCCCGAAACCUACUCCACCGGCAAGCGCACUCGUCUGUGGAUGAGCAGGCGCUGGCCGAGACACUUCAAGUCGCGCAACGGCAAGAUGCUCGUAGCGUCGCCGCUGCGCAAGCUCAGCGCCGAUGCCUUCGGAGUCUCUCAGACAUUCUGGGACUGGCUUACCGGCGCGCGCGAUAACCUCCCUCGCUCCGAUGACCCGUACUACGUCUCCACGAGCGUCGUGCUCCCUACGCGUGACGACGUCCCCCAGAAGUUCCAGGACAUCGUACAGACGUUACUGCGUCCUCCUAUCGAAGCCUACGUCGACGGCAGGCUGUUGUCUCGCAAAUGGUUCUAUGAGAUGUGGCCGGAAUACUUCCGCGCCACGCACUCCCACAUACUCAUCUCGACCUCGCCGCUGGCUGAUUUGGGCUGGACGAAGCUGGGUAUUCCCAAGCCGUACUGGGAUUGGAUCACUGGAAAGACCACCGAGUUGUACUGGACUUGGGAUGAGGAUAUUGAUACGCCUGGCGCCAACUGCGACGAGCCGUACUUCGAGCUUCACGGUGGCGUGAGGAAGCCUUGCGUGGACAGCCACCUCGGUCUUGAUGGAAAGCAACAGGCACACCAUAUCUGUGAAAGUUGCAUGGACAGCGAGCCUCUGGCCAUGAGCCGGAACAUCAUCGAUAUGCUCGAUACGGGCUUCCUCAUCCCCGAGUGUCAGGACUGCGCGGCCUCAAGCCUUUCGCUGCUUCAACCAGGGUUCAACGGAUGCACUUGUGACAUCGAAGUGCGUUGCUUCUCCCAUCGUCAGAAAUACCUCAAGCAUCUUAACGAGUAUGGCGCCCAGUGCGUCGCACAGGCUAUAUGGGGACCAUCGCACGAUAAUCCGGUACUCCAGGUUCAGUACUGCAGGUGCGGCGCUCCACCAGCAAUCGAUCCUCAGGCCUACUUUUGCGUAGUCUGCGAACAUCACGUGGUUCUCCCGGACAGAGGCAUGUUCUGGUCGACGACACCUCGACAGGCAUUCUUGGGGAACAUGGCAGCGAAGCGUAUCGCAUAGGCUGGUCAUGGAACUCUGACUGCUGGAUUCCGUCUUAUCUUUCCUUGUUUGGUUAUCUGUUUCUUAGGGUGGCUUUGUUUAUUGACUGACUGAUUGCAUGAAGACUAUAAAGACGAAACAACGAGAAGAUGAAGAGGGACUGGUGGCGGAAGAUGAGGUGUUUGUAGAAAUUUCAUAGAACAAAAUUUGGAAAGAAUUCGGAAAAUGAGCCCACUAUUGUUGCAGCUUGAAUCGCAGUGAAGGGAAAAUCAGACGAGGCAGCAGCUUCGGACAGGAAUGCAUAGGUGGCGGAUGGCCAGGCAAUGCGACAUGGAGGCGGCAGCGUUCCUUUGCAUGUGAGGUCGACAAAUGACACACGGAAACGAGGGCGGGAAUGAGUGGUGGUGGUUCAGCGGCAUGGGCGUGGGUGGGAGGUCAUCAGUCGGCAGCCGCCUC